UUCGCACUUCGAGUGCACGGCACGAGCGCGAGUCUCUAUGUCGAGCUCUGGGGCGGCGACACGGGAGUGGCGCUGUCGGGGUCCGACGACGGCGGCUGGCACCACUACUGCCUGACCUACGACGGAUCCGGUUGGGUCCUCUACUUCGACGGGUCGCAGGCGGCGACGGCGACCGCCGCGCUCGAUACGGGCUCGGACCGCCCGCUCCAAAUUGGGCGGUUUGACAGUGAUUACUACCUCGACGGCUCCAUCGACGAGGUCUACGUCUACGCGAGCGCGCUCGACGAGGCGUCGAUCCAGGUCCUCUACGACGCCGGGUCGACGGCCGCGCCGACGGCCGCGCCGACGACGGCCCCGACGACGGCGCUGCUGGCGGCGGGCGUUCGCUACUCGUUCGACGCGGUCGCGGGCGCGAGCGUUCCCGAGGCGUCGGGGGAGCCCGCGCUCGCGGGGACGAUCGUCGGCGAGCACGCGCUCGCCGUCGGCGUCGACGGCGGCGGCGCCGUCGACCUGUCCGGCGGCCACGUCGAGUUUCCCGCGGAGGUCACGAGCGGCGUCCUCGGCUCCGCGCCGCGGACGCUGUGCCUCUGGGCGCUCCGGCGCGGCGGCGGCGCCCUCGCGUCCUACGGCGGCGACGACGACGGCCCCACCGGGUCGGCCUUCGGUCUGGGCUUCACGGGGGACGCGUUCGAGACCUGGUUCCGGGGUGACACGCGGACUCACGUCGCCGUGGUCGCGGGCGAGGGCGCCUGGCACCACUACUGCCUCGCCUUCGGCGCGGCCGAGGGCGCCACGCUCUACUUCGACGGCGACGUCGCCGGCGCGCACGCGCCCGCCGAGCCCCUCGUUACGCUGGACGACGAGCCGCUCCGCGUCGGGGCCUGGACCAAGGCCGGCUACGAAUUCGACGGCGUCGUCGACGGCUUCGAGCUCCACGAAGUGGCCCUCGGACCGGCACGCGUCCGCGCGCUCUACGAGUCGACGACGGCUGUGAUGCCCCCGUCCGCGGCUCCGUCCUCCGCGCCCACGAUCGCGCCGACGAUCGCGCCGACAGCCGCGCCCUCGACGUCGCCGACGCCCGCGCCCACGAUCGCGCCGACGGCCGCGCCGACGGCCGCGCCGACGACGGCCCCGACGACGGCGCUGCUGGCGGCGGGCGUUCGCUACUCGUUCGACGCGGUCGCGGGCGCGAGCGUUCCCGAGGCGUCGGGGGAGCCCGCGCUCGCGGGGACGAUCGUCGGCGAGCACGCGCUCGCCGUCGGCGUCGACGGCGGCGGCGCCGUCGACCUGUCCGGCGGCCACGUCGAGUUUCCCGCGGAGGUCACGAGCGGCGUCCUCGGCUCCGCGCCGCGGACGCUGUGCCUCUGGGCGCUCCGGCGCGGCGGCGGCGCCCUCGCGUCCUACGGCGGCGACGACGACGGCCCCACCGGGUCGGCCUUCGGCCUGGGCUUCACGGGGGACGCGUUCGAGACCUGGUUCCGGG